AUGACAGACCCCAGCCAGGAGAUCCUAUUCCUUCAGGGCCCGUCCCCAGAAUGGGUCUCUUACUGCAUCGCCAACAAAAUCCCCACAGCGCCCGUCAUUUUCCCCGAUGAAGGGCGUCUCCCGUAUCGCACGAUUCAGAAAAGAAUCAACGAUGUCUGGGAAACAUCUUCCCGUCAUGCGGUAGAGGUCGAGGGGCUCAACGUCCUUGUCCAAACCACCGACUAUAGCAUCCCCAGAGAUAGGGACCCCGACAAUCCCAUCCGCAUUCGAGCCUACACCCCCAAUAACACCGAUCACUGCGGCAUUCCCCUCCCCGUCUACGUCCACUUCCACGGCGGCGGCUUCCUAUCCGGCAACCUUGACACCGAAGACGCGACAUGCGCGCGUCCGGUCGCCCUCCUCGCCGCAUGCAAAUGCCCCAUGGUUGUCAUCAGCGUUCAAUACCGUGUUACUUCCGAAGCCCCGUACCCCGCUGCCUUCCGCGACGCCUGGGAUGUCUACGAGUUCUUGGAAAAAGAGGUGGACGUCCUGUUUGGGGGCGAUCCACGCAAAAUCAUCCUCGGGGGGACGGACUCUGGCGCGGCGCUGGUACUCUGGGUGGCGGUGUUUGCCAACAGUGUCGUGGGAAUAUCAAAGCCCUGGAAGUUGACGAUUACAGGGUUGAUGCUGUGUUCGCCGUGGUUGCCGCAUAUGGAUAAGGAGGGGAAUGGCGAGCUCUCCAGGGCGCAGAAUGUGAAUGCGCCCUUGCUUCCUCAAGCGCUGCAUGAGAUGUUCCGCGAUCUGCUUGCUAUUGAUGCCGUGCAUUGUCCGACGUUUGUGCUGAAUAGCGAUACGAACUUUACCGGCUUGCCGAAGACGUCGGUCCAUGUACCGGGGCAGAGCUUGUUGAGGGAUCAGGGGAUGAAGUUGAUCAACCUUUUGGCACAGGCUGGGGUCGAGUAUCGGGCAAGGCUUUAUCCUGGGUUGCCGCAUGACUUUCGACGCAUUGAUGGCUUGUGGUCCUCUCGGGAAUGGGACCUUUGUAUUACUCGGGAGAUCUUGUGGUUCCUCGGUGCUCCUGGUAUGUAA